GGCAAAGAGUGCCAGUCCUUCGCCGAGCUCAAGUCCCACCUGAGCAGCCACAACAACCAUGGCCAUUCCCACAGCCCCAGCCAGGACCACCACCAGGAGGGCAAGCUGCCCAGCGGUACCUCCAUCUCCUCCUCAUCCCCCUGGGCCUGCCACUCCCACAACAGCAGCCUCUCUCAUAACACUAACAACUCUGGCUCCAACACACACAGACACUCGCUUGAGAGGAAGUACAAGUGCAGUAUGUGCUCGCGGGCAUUCACCACGUCCACUAAGCUCAACGUGCACUUCAUGGGACACGUGGGGAUGAAGCCGCACAAGUGUGAAUACUGCAGCAAGGCCUUCAGUGAUCCGAGCAACCUGAGGAUGCACCUCAAGAUACACACAGGUCAGAAGAACUACAGGUGUAAUGUGUGUGAGAAGUCGUUCACUCAGAAGGCCCACAUGGCGUCUCAUAUGGUGAUUCACACGGGGGCCAAGAACUUCAAGUGUGACCUGUGUGACAGGAUGUUCAUCAGGAAGCAGGACCUCAAGCAGCACAUGUUCACACAUACACAAGAGCGUCAGAUCCACUGCCCCAAGUGUGACAAACAUUUCUUGAGGACCAACCACCUGAAGAAGCACAUGAACUCCCAUGAGGGUCGCCGGGACUACAUCUGUGAGAAGUGUGAGAAGGGCUUCCUCACCAAAUACCACCUCACCAGACACCUCAAGAUCUGCAAAGGCCCCAAGACUGACCGAGGGGCCCAGGAAGAGGAGGGGGAGGAAGAGGAUGAUGAUGAUGAAGAAGAAGAUGAUGAUGAAGAGGAAGGAGAGGAAGUCGAGAGACUGAUAGAUCCAGAUAGCAGAGAAGACUGUGGGUUAGAGGGAUAUGAUUCUGAGAAACCUUUGUCCCCACACAAUUGACUGUGACCUCAAUGUGCCAUUACUAGAAAUGCUAAUUUAUUUCCUUAUUUUUAACUGUUUAGUUUGUUUUGCCAAAAUCUCAUUUGUUGUGUCAGGUUCAGGUUUAUUUUCAAAUAUCAGUUUAACAUUGGGCACAAUCAAACAAGUAUAAACCAGAUUUUAAUGUAGAGCUAUUGUAUGUGCUUAGGCUUCAUGUUUUAUUUCAUCAGGUACAUUUCCCUUGCCUAACAGCUAAUCAUCAAUUGUUUUCCCGCUGCUCUAUCAUCGCUCCAUACAUCAGUAUGAAACUGCCAUCCUAGAAGUCGUUUGUGCCGACGAGAAGUGAUUCAUGUAGGCUGGCUUUGGCCCAACCCAUUGGUCACUGGGACCAAUCAGAAUGUGUUUGCAUUCUUAAAGAGUCGGGGGAGGAAAGCAAAUUCAAACUCAUCAUAGAGAACAAACGUUAGCUGGUGUGCCAUUUGGCCGGAGCGAUGUGGCUGGGUAGCCAGGCAAUAAUCAUCCUAGAAAAAGUUAUGUUUUAACUCAAAAGCCAUGGCCUUUUAACACACAAUAGUUUUUUUUUAAUAGUGGUCAUCUCUUUAUGGAAUAGAUACUGAGUUUGAGUCUCUCUGGAUGCUGACGGCUAGCUAGAUGCUGGCUCUGCUGCUGGUUGAAUGUUGAAGAGGUAUUGUGAUGUGUCGGCCACAUCUUUUUGUAUGUAUGUAUGUACAAAUAUAUGAAUGAUGUAAAACGUCAGAAUUCCUUAUCGAUUGUGAUAAUGUACAAAAAAUUACAUUCCACAUCUCAUUUGUAACAAGGUAUUACUCGAUCCACAUCAGUGGCAUGUUUUGAAAAGGGGCGGGUGUACAGAACGGAAGUAGUUAGACUGCUCUAGGACAUUACACUUCCGGUUGAAAUACAAAAUUUGUGCAGCGCCGUUGGAGCUAACGGGGUAUGUAUGAAAUGUACUUAUAUUUAGCUGUAUUUACUCUAUUCAAUUACACUUAUUGGUGGUAUGAAUGACUAAGUAAAAAUAAGUUAAACAAGUUGGUAAAAACAAAAGUCAUACUUUGCCAGUGAUUCAGUGUUUUUAUUAGCUAACUAAUUGCUGACGUUCGCAUGCUAUGCUAGCCAGCCAGCCAGCCAACUGGUUGCCAGAAGAUACUGACCCUAACGUUAUGCUUGUUUACACUGAGCUGCACUGGGGUCGGAAAGCAUUCAUGGUUACAUUAAGACACCUUGGAGCCGGCGUGAGAUAUUGGUCGGAAAACGUACCUCGAUGAAGGGAUGGGAUAUGCCAGUGACACUGUACUCCAAAUUUGACUAUUACCCACAAUGAUACAUUGAGAAGAUUGAACCACUGCUCGUUUUAUUGGCUUCAUGCCAGCUAGCAGCAGCAAUCGAUCGAAGCCAUUUUGGAAUUGUAGUGUCAGGCAAUUAGCUCCUUUUAUUGGUCAACAUGUGCCAUUCCAUAAUGGCUACUGCCAACUAGCCUGAGGACGAAAAUAGUAUUUAAAUCUUUUCGGUGGAGCAGUGUGGAUAAAGGUCCAAUUUGGUGAACAGUGGCAUAUCCUAUCCCUGCAUUGUGGUAAGUUUUCCGACCCAUAUCUUUUGCCGGCGCCACGGUGUCUUAAUGAAACUAACCAUGAUUGCGUUCCGACCCCAUUGCCGCUCAGUGCAAGAAAGUGUAAAGGUGGGGUCGGAAUGUCGAGUGUCAGACACACUGGUUUAUUUAGAAACUAGUUAACCCUUCUGUCUGAAUUAAGCAGCCAACAGUGUGAUAACGCUAUGUGGACAUGUCUCCGAUGAAACAGGAGGGCAUGUCUACUCUCAUCGACAGGACGAUGAGGAUGAGGAGGGAGGAGCAGGCACGCCAGGUGGUCCUCGCCUGGGCAGUCCUCAAUGUGUCGCUAGCUGGCAUGAUCUACACAGAGAUGUCAGGGAAACUGCUGAGCCUGUACUUCAGCAUCUCUUACUGGCCUAUUUGGUACAUAGAGCUGGCCUUCGCCUCAGUCUUCAGCCUUAAUGCCCUGUUUGACUUCUGGAAGUACUUCAAGUACACCAUGGCCCCCUCUACCAUUGCUGUUACCCCUGAACAGCACCGUCUUCUUGGCCUCAGAAACUCAAGUAUCCAGGCAUCACCCCCGCUGAAGCAAGAAAAGCAGGAGGCUCAAGCCCCGGCUCAGUCGUCACCCCUCCAGGGUCAGAGUGUGCUCAGCUUCAGUCCCUCCAGGCCGGCCAGCACCAGCCCCAAGUUCUCCCCCAGCUGUGUUCCCGGAUACAGCCCCCUAUUGAGCAGCCCGUCCACCCCGGGCAGCGGGGGACACUUCUCCCCCUCCCUGGCCUUUGGGAAGUUGAACUUCAGCCCCCCCUCAUCCUACCCCAGCAGCAUUGGCCCAGUGGAUGGCACCAGCCUGAGGGCACGCUAUCGUACCUCUCCCUCCGUGUUCAACUCCCCCGGGGGCAAGGAGGACUACAUGGAGUCCCUGAAGACCCUGGACAGGUUCCUCCGCACCGAAGAGGAGAAGAGCCACCGCAGUCAGUUAGGGAGCCCAGAGUCUGUGUCGCCCUCCCACAGCCCGACAUUCUGGAACUAUAGCCGCUCGGUGGGGGAUUACGCCCAGAGCCUGAGGAAGUUCCAGUACCAGCCGGCCUGCCGUUCCCAGGCCCCCUCAGCCAGCAAGGACGAGACAGACCUGGGCUCCAAACAGGCUGCAGAGGAGGUUUGGGCCAGAAUCACAACCAGUCGUCUCGUGGUGGACAGCAUAGACAGCUGGACGGCCAAGCUCAGAAAUUGGAUAAAUGACACCAUUCUAGUGCCACUUGUGAAGGAGAUGGACUCAGUAAAUGGCCAGCUAAGGAGAAUGGGCUGCUCUGAGCUCCAGAUUGGAGAAGCCAGUAUAGCCAGUCUAAAACAGGCUGCUGUUUUGAAGGCUUCAGUCAUCCCCACCAUGCCUGCUAUUGUGCAGUACCUGGACAUCACCCCUAAUCAAGAGUAUCUAGUGGAGAGGAUCAAAGAGCUGGCCCAUAGUGGCUGCAUGAGUUCUUUCCGCUGGAACAGGGGCGGGGAUCUCAAAGCCAGGAAGUGGGACACAGACCUUCCUUCAGACUGUGCUAUCCUCAUGCAUGUGCUGUGCACAUACCUGGACUCCCGACUCCCGCCUCACCCCAAGUACCCCGACGGAAAGACCUUCACCUCGCAGCACUUCACACAGACGCCAGACAAACCUGACGUGACGAAUGAAAACCUCUUCUGCGUUCACCAAAGUAGCACCAAUCCCCCGCACUACCAACUUAUCUACCAGGGCCAUGUCUACAGCCUGCCCAAGGGAAGGAACAACCUGUUCCACACAGUUCUCAUGUUCCUCUUCGUCAUCAAAACCAAGGAGUCUGGGAUGCUGGGGAGAGUAAAUCUGGGCCUUUCAGGCGUGAACAUCCUGUGGAUAUUUGGGGACUGAUGCAAUCUCUCCCUUCUUGAGCAUUUCACAGCAGUGUCACAGAGGAUGUUAGAGGGCAGAUACUUCCUCAAAUAUUUUGUCACCUCAAGGUUUGUUUGUGAAACAAUACAUCGUAGCUUCUGAUAACAACAAUAUUCUGUAGAUGUUAGUUACCAUAACUGUCCUCAGAUCUAGGUUCAUAAGGAAGCACUUAUGAGAGUAACAUUUUAUUGUACAUUUGUUGAGUCAUUUUUCUGAGAAACAGCAGACCACAUUUUUCACUUGAAAGUAGCUAUUGUCAUUUGUGACAUUUUAAAAUCAAAUUAUUACAAAGACCAUGACUUAGUUUGAUAUUAUGUUGCAUCAAAAACAACAGUACUGUAUUUUAACCCGAGACAUCCACAAUUUACUUGCUUUAUUUGAAAUAUUCUGUGAAUGUAUCAGGAUAGUGUCCUUGUAAAUAGUAUACCAUUGGGUUGAACCCUCCUGGCUUGAAUGUAUGUCAGUGAGUUUUUCUUUUUGUAUGAAUUGUUUGAGAGAGCUUGAAUAUUGCAGCUAGGAUGCUUGAGUUCUUCCUUUUUUGUUGAAUGACAGGGUUUGGAGUGGAAGAAAGUUACCUGCGUACGAAUGCAUGGCUUUGUUUACCAGGGCUGCAGUUACUUGCAUUGGCAUGCAUAUUAUAUCUAUUUUAACAACGUUAACAACGUUUGUUCCACGGUUCAAAUGCUUGAUAGAUACAAAGCCAUGCACAUGGUAUGCCUUUUAGAAUUUCAAUAUUAUGGAAGGUUCCAAGUAAAUUGCUGUUAUUUUUAUUACCAAAGACUUUACUUGGAGAAUUAUGAUGUAUAGUGGUCAAAGAGGUGUCUUUUUAUGAUAGGUUGUGAGAAUGUCAUUUAUUUUGAUAAAAAAAUAAAAAUAGAAGCUAAUUCAAAGAUGGUAACAGGCUGCAUGGACUUGUAUGGGCUCAUGGGGCAACUCCAAUGCACUCCAACCCCCCUCAUUCAAUCAAAUUUGAAUUGUUUAUACUGAUGUGGUUUUCAAUUGAGACAUGGAAAUAAACAUAAUUGAUUGAGUUCA